AUGCACAGCAAUGAGGUUGCGGACGGGCUGUGCCCAUUGGUGCAAGGCAGCUUGGUUAAUGCCUUUGGCGAGCAGCCCUUGCACAUCGCUGCGCGGGUGGGCCAGGAUGGCAUUGUACGAAGGCUGCUGCGAUGUGGAGCUGAAAAGCACAUGCCAACGCAGGACCAAUUCAGGGCCACACCUCUGCAUUUAGCAGCAGCUCAUGGCCACCACAAGGUCGUGGAGGUUCUUUUGGAUGCUAAAGCUGAUCCCACUGUGGUCGAUUCGCGGGGCCUAGUCCCAGCACGUUGGGCAGAGAGGAGGGGCCACCCACAGCUGGCAGAGCUUUUAGAUGAUGCUCGACACCAAGCUGGGGACUUCGACUUGGCGGAUCUCGGCCGCAUGACAGCUCGAGGCUUCAGCGAAGUCGCUGAAGGUGUGAGCAGUGCCUUCGAAGGCGCCUUUGAAGUGCUGAGUAGGAAUGUGCAGAAUGUUUUUGGAGAGGAAGAGGAACCUGCAGUGCCACGAGAGAUGGCGGGUGCAUCUGGGUACAGAGAACCUCCACCUGAAGUUCUGGUGGAUCCUGCAGUGCAGACCCUGCACAAGAUUGAGCAGCAGGUUACUAUGCUGGAGCAGCAGGACGAUCAUGCUGCAGGUGGCUCGCGUGGAUGGGAUGACGAGUUGACCAAGGCUGCAGAGAAAUUGGACGGCCUCUCAUUGGAGCCUGGCAGCGAAGCAAGGCAAGCGCGCAAGGCCUUGAUCGAGCGCAUCGAGCAGGCUCAGCGUGAAAUAGAUCGCCGCACAAAGAACACUUUGCAGAGCCUCGCUGCCAGCAGACGGUUGGUGGAGUCUCUUGAAAGCUCCUGUGAACCACGACAGGAUUGGCGCCUCCUGCAGGAGGCGACAGAUUGCUUGGAUGAUUUGGAGUGCGCCAACGAGGACCAGCGCCGUGAGAGAAAGGACCUGCUGCGGCGCAUAGAAGACGUCGAAGCCAUUUGGCGAAGCGAAAAAAGCAGAUGA